AUCCCAAUCAGUCUGAAAUUUUGACGUUUCGAGCACAGGUUGUGAGCAAUCAUUUCACCGAUUUCCAGAUUUUCUUUCAAAGUCACGGCUUUUCGUUAAUGUCCGUAAAAAUUCCAAGAGUACUUCAAAUUAAACUUCAGGGCGACUACAAAAGUAACAUGAUCGAUUGAAAGGUGCCUGUGCUUUCUCCCGUUUCCCCCAAUUUCCAAAGUCCUCUGACAAGUUCACAAAAGUUUUGAAUGUUUUCCUUUCGAAAUUCUCUUGUCCUGCAUGUUCAGAACGAAAUCAAGCGAGAAUGGGUGGUUGCAUUGGAAUUCAUGGCAACGACGAGACGAUUAGUGUGUCAUCAACGAACGUGACUAGGCCUGCAUCAGGUGCGAGCACGACUAUUCCGCGUAAAAAUCAUCCGCUUUGUCAUGAGACGAUCCGUUGGCGCUCAGAUGUUCCCCUUACUGAGGGGCAGCUACGUUCCAAACGCGACGAAUUUUGGGACACGGCGCCCGCCUUCGACGGUCGUAAAGAAAUCUGGGAUGCACUCAGGGCGGCUACCAUGGCAGCGGAAGCGCUUGAUUUCCAACUGGCUCAGGUGAUACUCAAUGGCGCCAGCAUUUCAGUGCCUAAUGGGUACCUAACUGAGUGCUACGACGAGUACGGGACGCAGUACAAGGUACCGAUCUACUGCCUGUCAUACCCCAUCAACAUAGUGAAGGAAGAAACGGGCAGGGAUUCGCCGGCCGAAUAUUCGGAACCUGUUGAUGGCGGCUUCGAAACGACGCUCAAACUGCGCCUCUCGUCGACGUGCAGCGACAUAGAAAUGACUGUUUAUUCUAGGGAUACAAUAGGGCAGUGCAAAAAGAAAAUUCAGGCUCUGCAAGGUGUGCGGGCGUGCUGCCAGCGGUGGUUCUACGGCGGCAAGUUGCUCAGUGAUAAGAUGUUCGUCGAGGACGCGCACAUCAAACCCGACUAUAUAGUACAAGUGAUUGUUAACACAGAACACAGUAGCCAUGAUCACGACUACCACCACACCAUAAUGUCUAGCUAACCAAAACAGUAACUACUCAACCAGCGAUCGACCGCAGCAAUACCCAGCCACACUCACCACAAGCGAAAGACACCAUCCAACCCUUCCCACUCACACCCAUUAUGAACUUAAUUUAUUGUUAGAUCGUAAGCAGUGUAUCACGUGAAGCAGGACCAGCACGGGCGAGUCUGCCGCAGGCGCGUGAGUCUUGUUUUUACGUUCCUGAGACGUUUUCAGCAAAUUACCUAAAAUAUAUACAUAUAUAUAUAUUAUAUGCGAUUGAGAUUAGAUCACGUACACACCACACUUUUGUAUAGUGUUCCAGUGCUGUGCACUACUUGUGAAGUUAAUAUUGUAAUAGGAAUACAUAAUUAGAUAUUUGAUAACGAAGCAGCGGACAAGACCCUGAAGGAGCCGAGCCGCAGCCUGCGCAAACGCAAUGCGCGUUCGCAUAUAUAUCCUCGCUCAGCAAUUAUCAAGUUGUGUUCCGAGCGAGCGACUGUUGAAAUAUAAUCAUAGUUGAAUUGAAAAUAUAUCUGAACUUUUUUGAGAUGACGAGAAAUACAGCCUUCAGAAGUUUUGAUAAAAUAAA